GCGGCAGCAUGGCAGCGGCUCUGGCGCCCGGUGUGGCGCCGGUUCGAGCCCGGUUCCUCACCUCCAAGGAGCAGUUCCACGCCUACCUGCGGGCAGGGGGCGAGGAGGAGGAGGAGGAAAAGGAGGAGAAGAAGGAAGAGGAGCAGGUCAGCGAACCCCCAGCCAAGAGGGUGAAGGCAGAGGAGCUCGGCCAGGAUGGGGAAAGCCAAGGGAAUGCUGGAGAGGAGGAGAAGGAGCGUCCAGAGAAGAAGAGAGCCCGGGGGCAGAACAAGAGCCGCCCCUGCAUGAAACCCAACUGCUACGAGCAGAGCAGGCUGUGCCCCUCGGUGACACAGGGCUGUGGCGGGCAGUGCCACUUUGGGCCGCGCUGCCGCUUCCUCCACGACGUGUCCCAGUACCUGGCGGCCAAACCUGCAGACCUGGGCCAGCGCUGCGUCCUCUUCGACACCUUCGGCCGCUGUCCCUACGGUGUCACCUGCCGCUUCGGCCAGGCCCACCUCGGGGACGGCCACCAGAACCUGGUCAACGCCUCCCUGGUGCAGCAGUGGGAGGGGAAGGUGCUGGUGAGGAACGGCCUCUCCAAGGAGCUGCAGCAGCAGCUGCGCAAGAGGAAGUUCAGCUUCCACAAGGCCGAGGAGUUUCUGCGUGGGCUGCGUGCUGGGAAGGGAGGCAAAGCCACGGGGAGCUCCACGGAGGUGUCCAACUGCACCGAUCCCCAGGAGGGCCUGAGGGACAGCCCUGUGCUGCAGGAGCAGGGAGAGGAUCCCAGACCUGAGGCUCUGCAGAGCUCCCAAGGGGCUGAGGGUGCUCCCAAACCUGAGGUCCUGCCAAACUCCCAAGGGGAUGAGGAUGCUGCCAACCCUGAGGCUCUGCAGAGCUCCCAAGGAGCUGAGGGUGCUGCCAACCCUGAGGCUCUGCAGAGCUCCCAAAGGGCUGAUGGUGCUCCCAAACCUGAGGUCCUGCAGAACUCCCAAGGAGCAGAGGGUACCCCCAAACCUGAGGUUCUACAGAACUCCCAAGGAGCUGAAGAUGGUGCCAGACCUGAGGCUCUGCAGAACUCCAGAGGAGCUGAGGAUGCUCCCAAACCUGAGGUCGUGAGGAACUCCCAAGGAGCUGAUGGUGCUCCCUCCAUCCCAACCCUGGGCCCGCUGACAGAUGAGGACGUCACGAAGCUGCGGCCGUGUGAGAAGAAGAAGCUGGAAAUCCAAGGCAAGCUGUACCUGGCUCCACUGACCACGUGUGGAAACCUCCCGUUCCGACGGAUCUGCAAACGUUUUGGGGCAGAUGUCACCUGUGGGGAGAUGGCUGUGUGCACCAACCUGCUCCAGGGCCAGUCCUCCGAGUGGGCUCUGCUCAAGCGCCACCACACCGAGGACAUCUUCGGGGUGCAGCUGGAGGGAGCCUUUCCGGACACCAUGACCAAGUGUGCAGAGCUCCUGAACAGGACAAUCGACGUGGAUUUUGUUGACAUCAACGUCGGCUGUCCCAUCGACCUGGUCUACAAGAAGGGAGGAGGCUGUGCUCUGAUGACUCGCUCCAACAAGUUUGAGCAGAUCGUCCGCGGGAUGAACUCGGUGCUGGAUGUCCCCCUGACGGUGAAGAUCCGCACUGGGGUGCAGGAGAAGGUCAACGUGGCUCACAAAAUCAUCCCCAGGAUCCGCGAGUGGGGCGCGUCCAUGGUCACGCUGCACGGGCGCUCGCGGGAGCAGCGCUACACGCGCAGCGCGGACUGGGCUUACAUCGCCGAGUGCGCCCGCCUGGCCAGCCCCAUGCCUCUCUUCGGAAAUGGGGAUAUUUUGUCCUAUGAAGAUGCAAACAGAGCCAUGCAGAUGGGAGUUUCUGGAAUCAUGAUUGCAAGAGGGGCACUGAUCAAACCCUGGCUUUUCACGGAAAUCAAGGAGCAGAGACACUGGGAUAUCUCCUCCAGGGAGAGGUUUGACAUCCUCAAGGACUUCACCAACUUUGGCCUCGAGCACUGGGGCUCAGACACUCAGGGAGUGGAGAAAACCAGGAAAUUCCUGCUGGAGUGGCUCUCCUUCCUGUGCAGGUACAUCCCAGUUGGGUUACUGGAACACCUACCUCAGAAAAUCAACGAGCGGCCGCCCUAUUACCUGGGCAGGGACUACCUGGAGACCCUCAUGGCCAGCCAGAACGUGGAUGAUUGGAUCAAGAUAAGUGAGCUGCUCCUGGGCCCCGUCCCGCCCAGCUUCACCUUCCUGCCAAAGCACAAGGCCAAUUCCUACAGAUAGGGCUGGCCUGGCCCUGUCCCUCGGUGUCAGGAAGACUUUGGAUGGGCUGUGAGGAGGAGCAGGGCUCCUGGCAGUUGGAAUAAAGCUGAUGUUUUUAGAA